UGACCUUGAACAUUUCCUAGUAAGCGCUAGUUUCGCAUUGGAUGGAUCACUUGUAUUCGAAGCUCUCUGCGUAUGAGCUUGACUAUACAGAUGAUAUAAACAAAAAGAUGCGUGUCCCAGAAAAACUUUCAUACGAUUCCGAUAAUUCAGCAACACUGAGUGAAGGUCAUGAUGUGUCUUUCCGCAAAUAUCCAGUUGCAGAUUUAAGUGGGAAACUUAAUUGUACUUACUUUGCAGUUUUAGAUGCCAAACGCUCAUCAGAGUACGCCCCAGGAUAUAGUCCUGACAUACUGAAUAACAGUGACAUUCGCUCGAAAUUAAUUUGCAAUGUCCAAGCUCAAGCUUCCUCUCAGUCGGCAGAUGGUUCAGCUAAAGCUAAUGCUUCUGCUGGAGUAUUUUGUGAAACUUCUAGUCAUCGAGCACAAGAACGCCUUCGUGUAUCAAAAUCUCCCUCCACUGGUGAUAACGAACACGUAUCUAUUGAUCAUCGUCUUAUAAGACUUGAAAAACGAAUAUCUCAUUUAGAAUUUCAACAAGCUCUCAUGAAAGGAGGAUUAACAGUGUAUAUAUUAUACCGCAUCCUAAGAUGGGUUAUAAAAAAUUCAUAAUAAACUUGUUAUAAUGACCAUCAUCCCAAUGUAUUUUCGAACAAUUAUAUUUUUUUAAUCACUGUAAUGUAAAGUUGGUGAUUACCUCCCUAUCUGUUUUUACUUCAAACAGUCUAGAUCACACACAGUGCCGCCGCAUUUGCUAGCACAAUAGUGAAUCCUGUUAGAAUUUUUCAGUUGUCUUCUUGUUUUUCAAAGGAAAAAAUCCACUAUCUUUCACAGAUAUUCUAUACAUACAUCAUCAGAGCGCAUUUCAUGUACAUCACUCAUUUUUAAAUAUAUACAUAUUAUUUCUGUUUUUAAAACUUUUCAUAUGUAGUUUAAGUUCUGUUCGUGUUUUUUUUGACCGUUGAUUUUCGACAGAAAGUAUUGUUUUGUUCAGUAUUCUUCAUCAUAUACACUUCAUUUUAAAAAGAUUAAAAGCACUUGAAAAAUAUUGCCCCAAUAUUUUUGUGAUUUUAGUAUAAUAAUUCUCAUAAACAUCAUGUUUAUAUGUCAAGCUCCUGUAAUAAUCACUUGAUAUAAAUGGAUUGUCAUUCAACUCAGCUCAAUGACUAAAUACAGAUGUAUGCAAUAGUUUUUAGUUCAAACCUUUUUCUUUGAUAGCUAGUGAUACUACCCGACUGCUUAGUGUGAAGAUUGAUUAUGAAUACAGUGAUCUUGAGUGCUGUUAGAGGUAUGAGGGCAGUUAUCACUUCCCGGUUGCCCACACUGGAAAAGUUCUUCUAGAGGUACCUGAAAAAAGGAAAUUGGGUUAGAAGUGGUCUUAAUGACCUGAGAGCGUGACCGCAGUGCCCAAGGG